AUGGAACACGAACAAACCCCGCCGGACCCCGCACCGACAAGCCCGCCGCCCGGCCCAUACCACGCCUACUGGCAGGCCAACAUCCGCUACGUCCUCAUCCUCCUCGCGAUCUGGUUCGCCGUCUCCUACGGGUGCGGCAUCCUCUUCGCCGAGCAGCUCAACAGGUUCAGCGUCCCCGGCUCGGGAUUUCCGCUCGGAUUCUGGUUCGCCCAGCAGGGAUCCAUCUACACCUUCGUCCUCCUCAUCGCCGUCUACGUCUGGCUCAUGAACCGCCUCGAUCGGCGCUUCGGCGUGCGGGAGGACUGA